UCAGGCGAACACAAAAAAAAAAUGUUGGCUAGGGUUUUCAGAUCUGAAUCAUCAUCCUCCUCUGUUGGUGCUUCAGCUAGAUUGAUCAGCAGCAGCAGCACGAGAUUCACUCAUCGUCGCGUCUCCCAGAAAGGUAUGGUUUCAUCAAAGCGUCUACCUUUCGAAGGAGAGAGUUUGACAUUAGGAAGUGUUUCUCAUUAUAUCGAAACCUUAGAUAAUGCAAUUGAAUUGUUCGAUGAUAUGGUUCGAUCUCGUUCCUUCUAUUCGGCUGUGGAUUUCAAUAAACUUAUGUGUGUCAUCGUCAGAAUGAAUCGUCCCGAUGUUGUGAUUUCUCUCUAUCAGAAGAUGGAACUGUUGUUACCUGAUGAUCUCUCAGUUGAUAUUUACAGCUUCAAUAUUCUGAUAAAAUGUUUCUGCAGCUGUCAUGAAUUGUAUUUUGCUUUGUCCACACUGGGCAAGAUCUGUAAACUUGGUUUCCACCCUGAUGUUGUUACGUUUAACACGCUGAUUCAUGGGUUAUGUCUCCAAGAUCAGAUUUCUGAAGCCUUGGCUUUGCUUGAUCGAAUGGUGGAAGAAGGUCAUCAACCUAACCGGAUAACUUACGGAACUAUUGUAAAUGGGAUGUGUAAGAUUGGUGACACUGACUCUGCCUUGAAUCUGCUUAGGAAUAUGGAGGAAAGCCACAUCAAACCCCAUACUGCUAUCUAUAACUCUAUCAUUGAUCGUCUUUGCAAAGACGGGCAAUACAGUGAUGCUCAGAAUCUUUUCACUGAAAUGCAGGAAAAAAGGAUUUUUCCCAAUGUGAUUACUUACAGCUGUAUGAUACAUUGUUGUUGUAUCUCGGGUAGAUGGAGUGAUGCUGAGGGACUUCUCCAUGAUAUGAUUGAAAGGAGAAUCAAUCCUAACAUUUUCACUUUCAAUACUUUGGUUUAUGCGUUUGUCAACGAAGGGAAGUUCUCUGAGGCUCAAGAGUUAUACGAGGAGAUGCUCCGUAGGGAUAUAAAUCCUAAUGCAGUUACCUAUAGUUCAAUCAUCAGUGGGCUUUGCAAACGUAACCGUCUCGAGGAUGCCAAGCGCAUGUUUGACUUGAUGGAAACCAAGGGCUGCUCUCCGGACGUAGUCACUUUCACUACUCUCAUAGACGGAUGUUGUAGGGCUAAGAGGGUAGAUGACGGAAUGGAACUUCUCCGUGAGAUGUCUAGAAGAGGACUAGUUCCUGAUAUAUUUACUUAUAGCACUCUUAUUCACGGGUUCUGUCAGGUGGGCGACCUUAAUGCUGCUCAAGAUCUUCUCAGUGAAAUGAUAUCUCGUGGUUUGCGCCCUAAUGUCGUAACUCAUAGUAUUGUGUUGCAUGGUUUUUGUGUUAAUGGUAAGCCUGAAAAGGCGUGGAAAUUAUUUAAGGCUAUGCAAAAGAGUGGUAUGGUCCUUGAUAUUCGUGCUUAUAACAUCAUGAUCCAUGGAAUGUGCAAGGCUAGUAAGGUGGACGAAGCAUGGCAUUUAUUCACUAGUCUCCCCCUCAGUGGUUUGCAACCUGAUGUUCAAACUUACAGUAUAUUGAUCAGCGCAUAUGCCAAAGAAGGGAACUUUUCAAGGGCUGAAUAUUUCUACUUGGAGAUGCUCAGAAAAGGUGUAGUCCCCAAUACUGUUACCUAUACCUCAAUGGUUGAUGGACUCUGCAAACAGAACCGCCUAGAUGAGGCCAAAGAGAUGUUUGAUUCAAUGGCUGACAAGAGGUGCUCCCCCAAUGUAGUGACCUUUACCACACUCAUUAAUGGCUAUUGUAAGGCCGAAAAGGUUUACGACGGGAUGGAGCUAGCCUGCGAGAUGUACCAAAGAGGAAUAGUUGGUGAUUCAAUUACUUACCGCAUUUUGAUUGAUGGGUUCUAUCGAGUGGGUGAUUUUAAUGGCGCCCUAGACAUUGUCGAGGAGAUGAUUACCAGUGGUGUUUGUCCUGAUACCAACACAUUUUACAAUAUGCUGGUCGGUUUAUGUAAUAAGGAGGCACAAAAUGCAUUGGCAGUAUUUGAGGAUCUGUGCAAGAGUGUGGGUCAUCAAUUGGAGGGUGCAUGAUAGAAUAGAAGACUAUUCACAUUUUUGUCUUUAGCAGCAAAGCUUCCAUGCCAAUAUUCUAAUUUGAUUUCUUUGCUGCUACGCAUGAUGCAUAUAAAUGCAGGUUUUUGUAGAUUCUGUUUAUGAUAAGUUCAAUUUUGGAAAUGUGAAUAUUCUUUUGAUGUUUACUCUUUUCAUGCUUAUUGAGCCAUUUCGGUACUCUCAGUCUGGAACUUGAGUUGUCAAAGUGGCUUCAUCAUGCAAUGCUGAAGAAGCUUGUACCUUACCUUCUCUAUGAAAUUCAGAAAUGCUCCAUAUGAUCUGGAUGAGAAAUCCAAGGAUCUGUUGCAAGAACCAGAAGUGAUUUCAGAUAUCAUGAGCAAUGGUCUAAGCUAUUGGAUUGAGAGCCCAUAUAUACCAUUGGCCAACCGUUAUAGUUUCAGAACUGGAGGAGAUGUAUACUUGUUACAUUGCAUAGACCGGAAGUGCCAUAGCCACGGACUUUAACAAGAACCCCAAAAAUGAGCUAAACAUUUCAUAUUACACAUUUCUGAUUUCGUACCUUUUUGAUGUACUUCAUAAAAUAUGUUAUUGGCUUUUACACCCCCACAUAUAAUUGUUAUUUUUGUGUAAUUUAGAGGAAAAAACAUUAUUUGAAAGGUAA